GUAGUUUUAUGUAGAAGGUCUACUAAAAUUUUAAAGUUGAAACUGUGAAAUUAGCGAUGGGUUUAAUAAAGUCGUUUAAUUAUAGUCACAUUUGGAGUUUUAUUAAUCCCAUAAUAUAUUUUUUAAUGUUCGUGUAUAAACUGUAGUUGUUUUAAGUCCCAUUUGUAUAAAAAUUAUACAAAAAAAGUUAUUUUCAAAUUUCAUUUUCAUAAACAGAUGCUAACGCGUUUAACUUUCACAUAAUUCCUAUUUAACAUGAGUGGAACUACGGAAGAUGAAAAAUCUGAAGCCCCCAAAGCGUUUCCGUUAGAUUUGGCUGCAAAAAUAGCCACCGUAAAGACAAUGGACGGUAAAACUCCUUUGGUUAUGACAGGGCAACCUCUGAGGAAUAUGAGGGUGUUAACACAACCGGCUAGCGGUAAUUCUGGUCAAACGUCAGUGGUAACGCCCGCUAUUAUUACCACAAACAUUGUUCCGCAGGUUUUGAAGCAAUGUGAUACCAGUAGAGCACACGCCGUUAGCACACCGGGGACUGCUUCUAUCACCUUACAACGACCUGCACAAAUUACAUUGGCCGCUUCGUUGCCCGUUGUUGCAUCCUCACUUCCUGUAGUUUCUCAAAAUACUUACCAUGUGCCUCGAGGGCCGGCAGUAGUGGCCAACCUGGCAGCUCCUCGCAGUAACGUUGUUGGCUCGAUUCGUACUCCGAUGGUCGUCACUGCACAGGCUAAUCAACAGGCCUUCAUUCGACCACCUCGUGCACCUAGCCCUGCUCAGGGUACCGCAUGGUUGACGAGUUCGUCUAAUGGUUCUCAAAUCAAAGGAGCACCGACAGUUUUAAGUCCACCCGUACGAGGUGCGACCGUCUCCGGCACUCUUGCCAAACCCCAAUUAUUAACCAGGGCGCAACCGCUCUCACAAACCACUUCCACAAUUAGGCCAACGACUGCCACAAUCCUGCAUUCUGCCAUAACUAUCGGACAAGGAGCUCAGCUUCACUCAUUCAAACCCAAUCAAGGCGCGACUGCUAUUCAAACUCUCGGUAGCACCGUAACCUUAGCCCAGGUGAUUCCUUCAAGGACUCAAACGCUCGUGUACAGCACAAAUGGGACGCAGUUUACUUCGGCUCCACGUUUAACCAUAGCUAGCACUAUACAAAAUCGGCUAUCGACAACUUCUAAAGCUCAGGUGACAACGGCUCGUUUGACUAUGCCGAUAGUCAGUCAAGGAGGAUCGACUCGGUUAGUGGCGCCACAAGGAACAGUCUUGACAACAGGAGCGAGAAUUUCAACUGUACCGACGACGCAACAACCUACACCUCCGAGAAUUGUAUCAACAACCCAGUCAACGGUGACACUUGGCCGACUGUCUGUUAGCGUAACAAGUGCACCUACACAAGUGAGCAGCGUAAAUGUAUUGGGUCAGACUAGAAUAUCGACGCUAUCGCUGCAUCCGUUAGUUGCCGUUGCUAAUAAUGCACAACCGCGAACGAUACAGGCCCAAACGGCUAAGGUCAUAGCACAGCCGGUGCAAGGCAAUACAGUUUCAAUACCUCAGAUGUCAUCUGUUAUGAAACCUAAUCCAAUUGCUACUACUACAAGAACGAUAAGUGUACAGCAAGCUAAUAUGGUUACGCAGAGGCCCAUUACAGCCGGUGCCACUCAGGCAGUUGCAAUAUCAAAAGUGUUUCCGCAAUCAGUUGAUAAUCAGUCAAAUCAGGCUACAACUAAUAUAUUUAUACACACUCCGAUGGCUUCCGUUCCAAGAAAGUCUUCUCCAGGCCCAACACCUAUUACUCAAACAACGGCUGUAUCCACAUCAUCUUUAUCAACCUAUCCACUAACAAGUGGUACCUACUUCUAUGAUGCCUCCGGUACGUACUCCGUAGCGCGCCCUUUUAGUCAGCAGUCGUCAUUCACGACAGUGCCUCAAUCGAACGCUCCACAAAUACGUGCAACGCAAGUACACGGGAUCAUGUCAAAUCAGCCGAUGAGGUUUAAUCCGAUUAUGGUCGUCGACCAAAAUCGCAUGACGCAAUUUAAUCAACAAGCCAUGGAAGUGUCUCAAGAGCAAAAUACGCAAACGCCAACCACGAAGAUUACGUCAUCGCCUCGUCCGAGCAUCUUACGUAAACGAGACCACGAAGGAUCCCCUCUAAAGGCAGCCAAAAAUUUAGCACCCCAACUUGGUAUUUUACCCAUACAACCGCAAGCGCCUAUUUCACCUCCUUCACGUCCAGAUUCAGGAGGAAAUGGCAACAGUUCCGGAGGAAGUACGACAAUAUCGGCAACAUCUAGUCCAGGUUUAGCAGAGACAAACGAGGACAGCAUGCCGCAUAUUCCGCUAAACAUCAAAGAAGAAGAAAAUGCUCGUCCGCCUCCCGAAAUGAGCCCCCGUAAAAAACCGAGAAAACAACAACUAACCGGCAAUGAUAUCGACGAAAACAUGCACGAAGAUAUGCAAUUCAUAUCGGAAACGAAUGUGAAGAAAGAGCCGGAAUCAGACGGCAAUCGUUCGGAUCCGGCUAGAGAAGAGACUGCCGCCGAAACUCGUCGCAUUUUACGUAAACCUGCCGGCGUUAGUCUACUUAACAGCUACAGGCAAACGUGGAAAGCCACCCACAAUCAUUAUUUGAGAUAUAGCGAUGUGAAACCGAAAGAUGAACGCCGUCCCACUAUAAUGGAUCUCUCAAAUCAAUAUCGUGUGCUUGACAAAGUUAACGGAUGGAAAGUACAUCAUUUGUCAACUCAAAUGGAAGAUUUGGCGGAUCAAGAACAACAUGUUUAUAAUCAACUUCGAGAUUUGCUGAAAGACACAGAGGCAGAAGAGGGAAACGGCUUUGACAAAGAUCUAAAUCGCAUUAAUGAGCUUAUUAAGGGAAACUUACAACGCAUUAAAAUCAUCAACGAUGGAAUGAUUGAAGCGAAAACACAAAUAAUGAAAAUAUUUGACCAUAAGAUACACGUGACCGAUAUUAUAAGCCGCUGUGCCAGUAAACGCAACUUUAAAAAGCGCGAAAAGUCGUAAGAAUAAGAUGUUAAUAAUUCGUUUAGAAGAUAUAUCGUUAUCAAUGUACAUUUUAGUUAUAGGUGAUUGUAGAUAACGAUAUCUCGACUAUCAUAAUUCCGUCAAUAGUGUUAAGUGCGAAUGUAUUAUUUGUAUUUGUUUAUUAUCUUUCUUCAUUUCGAUGAAGUUAAUGUGUUAUUUUAUAAGUAUAAUUUUAAACAUAGUAAUAUAUUUCUGGUUUAGAAAAUAACAAAAUUAUGAAAUUUUAAUAUUGCAAAUAAAGUGCAUAUUUUAUUUA